AUUAUCUUACUCAUUAUCCCUGAUUUAUCUCUACUCGAUCAUUUUCCAUUCAUAAUUUCCACCGUAAAACCUGUCCUUGUUUCACAAUCUUCACUCCUCCCCUUUGAUCCCAUUGUUUACCACAUCUUGUUUAUGUGUAUGUUUUUCAUCUGCUGCAUGAAAUAAGAUUCAAUCCUGAUUUUAAUCGUGAAAACAAUUAUCACCAGAUCAACAAAUAUUGACGCAGACAUUCAACAACAUCAUCUUCAUUAACUCUUCAACCAAUUUCAACGACAACAUCCAAUAUCAACAUUUCAAGUUGUGCCUUUUGGGUUAAUGUUGCAAAGAGAUAUUUAACCGACCCAACUACUCUCUUAAAACCAUGGAAUGAGGACAGUUUAUCAAUGACCGAAUUAGUUAAUAGCUGUGAUAACAAUCCUGGUUUGAUUGGAAAUAUUGUUUACCCGUUCCUGUGGAAAAUCUGACUUAGAUUCUUCAAGUACUUGGCCACCGGAAAUAAAAUUCCACUAUCACUUGUUGUUUUCAUCGUAAACAUUGGAGAAAACCCUUGUACGUCACAAUCAAACUAUCCUUUGAUAUUGAUCGACCUCACAAUGGCAAGAAUAAGCAAUUGAUAAUUUUAUAGUGAUUACAAGAUAAAUUGUUGACAACUUCAAUUGUUACUUUUUUAUUAGCAAUUUUUAUUCCGAUAAAUCACCACUUGGAAUAAUUAUGUACGUGUAUUUAGUUUAGUUUUGUUGGUCAGUUAUGAUCCAAUUAUUCAUGUUAGAAUCCACGCAAAUGCAUCUCAAAAAAUCAUUUACACUUGAUUCAUUUGUUGAAUGAGAAAUAAAAACAAACUCGUUGUUUCAAUGUGAUUUGAACAAAAAACAUUGCACUUUAAGAUGAAAUUAAUGCUAGUGUUUACAUGCGUAAAUUAAAUUUUUAUAGAUUGACAGUUCUGCAGAGUUCAGACAAGCGAAAGCAAUUGCACUAUCAAGCCAGACUUAGCCGGAAGGAAAAUUAUAACACACAGAUAAACAGAGUUUCAUCCAACAUCGGAAAUUAUUGAAUUGGAAGGUAAACAACAUUAAACAAAUUGUAACUAAUCGAUUAACAUCAAAUUCAUCCUUGAAUAAAAUCAUGAAAGGUUAAUGCCAUAUAAUCAAUUUUGUUAAAAACAAAACAAGAAUCAUAAUUAAAUUGAAUUGAAUUAAUUUCUUAUGAAUCUUAAUCACUUCCGAUGGAAGUGAUGAUACCAAUGACCUAUUAUUUGACAAUUGUGUUAUCAUUUAGCUUUAAUAAAAUGCUAUUUUUUCUUGAACCCAAUGAAAACUUGUGAUUAACAUGCCAUCAUCGCCAUAACACAAAAUCACUUUCAAAGUUGAAAAUUAAAUUUCAUUUUGUUCAGUUGUAGAACAAGGUUUUAUUUUAGUUUUUAGUUUUUCAUUGACGAUGGGUUUCUUCAUUAAAAUUUGAGUCUUUUAAAUGUGCAAUCAAUUAAUCGUACGCAGGGAAAAGACACUUGCGAUCAGCCAUGAUCGCACAAGUUUCUUGUCUUAUCAUCCACAAUCCACUCUUAUCAUCCGUUGUUGGACAACUAAAGACUAUUAUGGACCUGGUGAGGGUCAUCCCGAAAACACAUCAAUACUGUUUGGUUCCAUAGCUCUUGGUUUGGUACAGUUGAUUGCUAUUGGACUCAAUUUGGCUCAAUGUCUUAACGACCAAUUCAUUUUCAUACCAAUUCUUCAAUUUCUGUUUGUUUUUUUAUUAAUGCAUUUCAUAUUUACUCGAGCUCAACGUGGACCUAAAUACAGUCUCAAGAAUAUUGCUGUUGCUCAUCUUUUUGCUUGUCAAAUGUCACUUUGGUUAGUUAAUUUUGAUCCUAACUAUGGUACAUGUAGCCAUCGUCAAGCUCGAUUAUCACCUCGAUCAGAUACAUCGUCACCGUCAUUAAUAUCCUCCAGGCCUAACAUAUUUCCAGCAUCAUUUUCUGAUCUACUUUUACCCAUUAUUCACAAUUAUCAACUAUUAACGGCAUUCAUUUUAGGUUACAUGUGGAUUCAAAAUAAUCGGUGUCAUUACAACAGCCUUAAACCGAGACUCUCAGAUCUCGAUGAUAACGCUUCAUUCAGUUUUGCCAAGAAACCAAGUUCAAUUAAAGGCUUCUUUAUGGGUAUUUUAUUUAUUUCAACUGCUUUAAUUGUCUUGUUGCUUGGUAAUCCAGAGAUUACUCUCAUCACUCAUACAUCGAUUCAGGGUUUAUCAGCAGCUGCUGCUUUGAUUGGACUCGUAUUGAGAGGUCGUAAACGGAAGGGACUCCACAAAAUUGCCGAUCCUUGUUUGGAUCCAAAUGAUAACCACAUCAUGUCAAUUAUUACUGUUGCUGGUGCUUAUACUCUGGCAAUAUAUGAUAUUGUUACAAGUGGAUUGGAAAACACAUUGACAUCUUACAAGAUGAUGAACCAUGGAGCUUUAAUAAUUCAAAUUGCUCUUCAAACUUUUUUACUUCGCUCUGAUGGUCGCAAGAUUCAUCGAUCUAGAGACGUUUUCGCCUAUUUGAUUUUAUCCAAUUUUAGUUUAUGGAUCCUGGAAAUAACAAAUAUGGCAACUAAUUUAACAAAUCAAAAUUCAAUAUCAGCUCGACAUCUUCCUCAACUACUUGUAACUCUUAAUAGAUUUUAUUCUGGACUCGUGUUUAUACACUUUUGGAAACUCAAGUAAUUCAAAGAAACCGUCCAACUUUAUUUAUAAAAUAUAUUUUAAGGCUGAAUUCAAAGUCAGCGUUAUUUUAAAACCUCUUCAUUUGUAAUUACUAGUUAACUAUUAAAACUAAAUUUUAACC